AUGAUCUUUUUUUCUUCUUCUUCUUUCAUUCCUACGUCUCUGAAAACCUUUACAAUUCUCUCUCUCUCUCUCUCUCUCUCUCUCUCUCUCUCUCUCUCCCUCUCUGUCCCCUCUCUGUCCCCCCUCUCUCUCUCUCUUGCCCUCUUUAUGCUUGACCCUGUAAUUCGAAUUGGUUCAUGCCUUCUUUCAUUCAUAGCGAAUUGGUUCUUGCCUUCUUUCAUUUAUAGCAAAUUGGUUCUUGCCUUCUUUCAUUCAAAGCGAAUUGGUUCUUGCCUUCUUUCAUUCAUAGCAAAUUGUGAAUUGGUUCUUACCUUCUUUCAUUCAAACCGAAUUGGUUCUUGCCUUCUUUCAUUCAUAGCAAAUUGGUUCUUGCCUUCUUUCAUUUAUAGCAAAUUGGUUCUUGCCUUCUUUCAUUCAUAUGAAACAGUUUUGCCUUCUUUCAUUUAUAGUGAAUUGGUUCUUACCUUCUUUCAUUCAAAGCAAAUUGGUUCUUGCCUUCUUUCAUUCAAAGCAAAUUGGUUCUUGUCUUCUUUCAUUCAUAAGGAAUCACAAUUCCUCUUUCCAUCAAUUCAAAUUUUUAUUUAUUUCUUUAUUAAAUCUUUCCUGUUUUUCUUCUUUCUUUCUCCAUUAAUCACCUUCAAUUUUAAUUCCCACUGUUUUUCCUCCCUCUUUUCUUUCAUAUUAUCAAUAUUUCUAUCUAUAUCUUGGCAUUUAUUUCUUUCUUAUUAUUAA